AUGGUUCUUAAACCGAACAAGAUGUAUGUCUUCAAGCGAGAUGGCCGGAAGGAGGAAGUACACUUUGACAAAAUUACUUCGAGAAUUCAGAAGCUUUGCUAUGGGCUGAACAUGGAUUUCGUCGAUCCGGUUGCCAUAACGCUGAAGGUAAUCAACGGGCUCUACUCGGGUGUAACGACACAGGAGCUCGACAAUCUGGCUGCUGAGACGGCUGCCACCUUGACGACCGAUCAUGCUGAUUAUGCGAUCUUGGCGGCACGGCUAGCCGUUUCCAAUCUGCACAAAGAAACGAAAAAGCAAUUCUCUGAGGUUAUGCACGAUUUGUACAUGAUGGAGAAUGAAUUCCUAAAAACGAAGUCCCCCAUGAUUUCCGACUUUCACUAUAAGGUGAUAAUGGAUAAUGCAGACCGGCUGAAUUCGGCUAUCAUUUACGAUCGCGACUUUGGAUACAACUAUUUCGGGUUCAAAACUCUCGAGCGGUCUUAUUUGUUAAAGAUCAAGGGUAAGAUCGUUGAGCGACCGCAGCAUAUGUUGAUGCGCGUUGCGAUCGGUAUCCACGGCGAGCACAUCGACGCAGCGAUCGAGACUUACAAUCUGCUUUCGGAGCGUUACUUCACCCAUGCCUCACCGACCAUGUUUGCGGCGGCCACGCAGCGUCCGCAGUUGUCAUCCUGCUUUUUGCUUACCAUGUCGGACGAUAGUAUUGAGGGUAUCUACGAUACACUGAAGCAGUGCGCACUGAUAUCUAAAUCUGCUGGCGGAAUUGGGCUGAACGUGCACUGUAUUCGCGCGAAGGGAACAUACAUCUCUGGCACGAAUGGGAUCUCGAACGGGUUGGUGCCGAUGUUGCGCGUGUACAACAAUACGGCGCGAUAUGUGGACCAGGGUGGCAACAAACGGCCAGGAGCGUUUGCCAUCUACCUCGAACCAUGGCAUGGUGAUGUAUUCGAGUUUCUGGAUCUCAAGAAAAACACCGGCAAGGAAGAGGUACGUGCACGCGACAUGUUCUACGCUCUUUGGAUUCCGGAUCUAUUCAUGAAGCGGGUAGAGGCGAACGAAAUGUGGAGUCUAAUGUGCCCACACGAUUGUCCCAGAUUGGCUGAAACAUGGGGUGAAGAGUUCGAGGCACUGUACACUGGCUACGAGAAGGAGGGUCGCUUUAUUCGUCAGGUGAAGGCACAGGAUUUAUGGUUCGCGAUCAUUGAAUCGCAGGUAGAAACGGGCGUCCCGUAUAUGCUGUACAAGGAUGCAUGCAAUCGCAAAAGCAAUCAGCAGAACGUUGGCACCAUCAAGUGUUCAAACUUGUGCACCGAGAUUGUGGAGUACUCGUCGAAAGACGAAAUAGCGGUUUGCAAUCUGGCCUCGAUCGCACUGAACAUGUUCGUGAAGGCAGACAGGACGUACGAUUUUACGAAGCUGAAGGAGGUCGCCAAGAUAGUCACGCGCAAUCUGAACAAAAUCAUCGACAUAAACUUCUAUCCGGUGCCGGAAGCAAAGCGCUCCAACAUGCGCCACAGGCCGAUUGGUAUCGGUGUGCAGGGUAUGGCCGAUGCAUUCAUUUUGAUGCGCUAUCCCUACGAAAGCGAAAAUGCCCAAAAGUUGAAUCAGCAAAUAUUUGAAACCAUCUACUAUGGAGCGCUGGAAGCUAGUUGCGAAUUGGCAGAACGGGAUGGACCGUACGAGACUUACGAGGGUUGUCCCGUGAGCAAGGGCGUGUUGCAGUACGAAAUGUGGAACAAGGAACCGACGGACCUUUGGAACUGGACAGAAUUGAAAGAGAAGAUUGCAAAGCACGGUAUUCGUAAUUCGCUAUUGUUGGCUCCGAUGCCGACGGCUUCGACGGCGCAAAUAUUGGGCAACAAUGAGUCGUUCGAACCGUACACGUCCAACGUUUAUAACCGUCGUGUGCUAUCGGGCGAGUUCCAGGUGGUAAACCAUCACCUGCUGCAGGAUCUGACGGCGAUGGGUUUGUGGGAUUUGGACAUGAAGAACGAAAUCUUGUCCAAAAAUGGAUCGAUUCAAAGCAUUGAAUCAAUCCCACAAGAAAUCCGAGACCUGUACAAAACGGUAUGGGAAAUCUCCGUGAAAACGUGCAUUAAAAUGGCUGCCGAUCGAGGAGCGUUUAUCGAUCAGUCACAAUCGUUCAACAUUCACGUGGCCGAGCCAAACUAUGGUAAGCUGACGUCGAUCCAUUUCUACGCCUGGAGGAUGGGACUGAAAACCGGCAUGUACUAUCUGCGCACCAAACCGGCCGUUAACGCAAUCCAGUUUACAGUGGACAAAACCAAACUACAAAACGCCAAUGAGACAAAUAUCAGUCGCAUGUCGAACGGAGUUGAAGGCACACCACAACGAAACAGUCAGAUGCGUUAUUCAAUGAUGAACGGAAGCACCAGCACACCAACACGCAACGAGCAGCAGCACCACGAGUCCAAUGGUUUAAUGGACCAGCAGCAACAACAGGAUCAACCCCAGACAAACGGCUCGUUUGCGGAAAGAAAUCGGCGAAUGGCGGAAAUGGUUUGCUCGUUGGAAAACAAAGAUGAGUGCAUGAUGUGUGGAUCGUAG